CCUCAGCGUUUGGCGCCAUUUGCCCGCGCCCGCCGCUGUGUGGAGUUGUUGUUGCGCCGUGUGGUGGUGUGUGUAUGUGCGUGUAGGGGGGCGGUUCGUCGACCGCGAAGCGUUCGUUUGCCAGUCGUCGUCAGUUCGGCGUCGAAAUUUGCUUCGGAAACAAUUUAAAGCGAUAAGCUUCAUUUUGAGAGCGGGUUUUUUUUGAAAAAAAAAAGCCAAGAAUACAAGCGUACGCGUCGGCAAUAGGCAAAUUCAUCUACCCUGGGAUAGUUAUCGAGUUCCCAAAGAGCAUUGGUGGUGUUGUUAAAAGUCACCAUGGCCCAGGCCAAGGGACCUUCCAACGAUAAGAAGAUUGUUUAUCCACCAGGCGUCAAGGAAAUCACCGAUAAGAUUUCAAAAGAGGAGAUUGUCAGGAGGCUAAAGAUGGUUGUGAAAACGUUCAUGGACAUGGACCAGGACUCUGAGGAGGAGAAAGAGCAGUACAUGCCCCUGGCCUUGCAUCUGGCUUCUGACUUUUUUCUCAAACACUCAGACAAAGAUGUGAGACUGCUUGUGGCUUGUUGUCUCGCUGAUAUUUUCCGAGUCUAUGCACCAGAGGCCCCGUAUACUUCUCCAGACAAAAUUAAGGACAUAUUCAUGUUUAUCACGCGUCAGUUGAAGGGGCUGGAAGAUACUAAAAGUGCUCAAUUCAACAGAUAUUUCUAUUUGUUGGAGAACCUGGCAUGGGUCAAGUCAUACAAUAUCUGUUUUGAACUUGAAGAAAGCAAUGACAUCUUCACACAGCUCUACAGGACCCUUUUCUCUGUCAUAAAUAAUGGACACAACCAGAAGGUGCACAUGCACAUGUUGGACCUGAUGAGCUCGAUCAUCACAGAGGGAGACAGCGUCUCCCAGGAACUGCUCGACGCCAUCCUGGUUAACCUCGUGCCAUCGCACAAGAAUUUGAACAAGCAAGCAUAUGAAUUGUCAAAGGCGCUUUUGAAAAGGACCGCACAGAGUAUUGAGCCUUAUAUAACGAAUUUCUUCAACCAGGUGCUCAUGUUGGGUAAGACGUCCGUGAGUGAUUUGUCAGAACACUUGUUUGACCUCAUCCUCGAACUCUACAACAUUGACGCUCACCUGCUGCUUUCCGUCUUGCCACAGCUGGAAUUUAAGCUCAAGAGCAAUGAUAAUGAAGAACGACUGGCUGUGGUAAAACUGCUGGCUAAGAUGUUUGGAGCAAAAGACUCUGAACUGGCAGCACAAAACAAGGCACUUUGGCAGUGCUUUUUAGGACGGUUUAAUGACAUCCAUGUGCCAGUGAGGUUGGAAUGCGUUAAAUUUGCCAGCCACUGCCUGAUGAACCACCCAGAUCUGACAAAAGACUUGACUGAGAUAUUAAAGGUGCGUUCGCACGACCCCGAGGAAGCAAUCAGGCAUGACGUCAUAGUUUCCAUCGUCACUGCUUCAAAGAAGGACCUGUCUCUGGUUAACGACCAGCUGCUGGGCUACGUGCGGGAGCGCAUGCUGGAUAAGCGGUGGAGAGUUCGUCGGGAGGCAAUGAUGGGCCUGGCUCUAAUCUACAAGAAGUACAGUCUGCACGCGGAAGCCGGCAAGGAAUCGGCCGCUCAGAUUGACUGGAUCAAGGAUAAGCUGCUCCAUAUCUACUACCAGAACAGCAUUGAUGACAAACUGCUGGUCGAGAGGAUCUUCGCACAAUACCUCGUGCCUCAUAAUCUUGAAACGGAAGAGAGAAUGAAGUGUCUCUACUACCUCUAUGCCACUUUGGAUCCCAAUGCAGUGAAAGCUCUCAAUGAAAUGUGGAAGUGUCAGACGAUGCUUAGGAACCACGUCAGAGACCUCCUGGAAUUGCACAAACAGCCACCGUCGGAAGCAACAAGCAAAGUCAUGUUUUCCAAAGUCAUGAUCCUUGCAAAGCACCUACCAGACCCGGGCAAGGCUCAGGACUUUAUGAAGAAGUUCAACCAAGUGCUGGAGGAGGAUGAGAGAAUUUCUGGACAGUUGGAAGUACUGGUGGACAAUGCAUGUUCUUGCAAGCAGGCUGAGCUGUGUGUGCGGGAAAUCACUAAGAAGCUCGCAAACCCCAAGCAGCCCACUAACCCCUUCCUGGAGAUGGUGAAGUUCCUGCUGGAGAGGAUUGCGCCCGUCCACAUCGAUGCUGAGGCUGUCAGCGCCUUGAUAAAACAAAUAAAUAAGUCCAUUGAAGGGACAGCCGACGAUGAGGAUGAGGGUAUUUCAUCCGACACAGCCAUCCGUGCGGGAUUGGAGCUCCUCAAGGUGCUGUCCUUCACUAACCCGGCGGUUUUCCACUCGGCCGAGACGUUUGAGUCGCUGCUUCACUGCCUGAAGAUGGAGGACGAGAAGGUGUCUGAAGCGGCGCUGCAAAUCUUCCGUAACACAGGGCACAAGAUCGAAACGGAUUUCCCGCAGAUUCGCUCAGCCCUCAUCCCGGUACUGCAACAGAAGGCGAAAAAGGGCACCGCUCAGCAGGCCAAGCACUCCAUCCACUGCAUAUUCACCAUCUUCUCCAACCGAGAUACACAGUUCGCUCAGAUUUUUGAGCCACUAAGCAAGAGCCUGGAUGCCAACAACCCGGAGCAGUUGACCACACCGCUGGUGUCCAUCGGACAUAUGGCCAUGCUGGCUCCAGAACAGUUCGCCGGACCCAUGAAGGCCAUGGUGGCGAACUUCAUCGUCAAGGACCUGCUCAUGAACGACCGCUUUCCUGGGAAGAAGAUGACAAAGCUUUGGACUCCAGAUGAAGAGGUUUCUCCUGAAACGAAUGCCAAAAUUCAGGCAAUAAAGCUGAUGGUGCGCUGGCUUCUGGGCAUGAGGAACAACCAAAGCAAGUCGGGAACGUCCACAUUGCGGCUGCUGUCAGCCCUCAUACACAGCGACGGAGACCUCACAGAGCAGGGCAAGAUCAGCAAGUCGGAUAUGUCCCGCUUGAGGCUGGCGGCGGGAUGUGCCAUGCUGAAGCUGGCACAGGAGCCGUGCUACCAUGAGAUCAUCACACUGGAGCAGUACCAGCUGUGUGCACUCGUCAUUAACGACGAGUGCUUCCAGGUGCGACAGGUGUUCGCCCAGAAGCUGCACAAGGCCCUGACGAAACUGCGCCUGCCCUUGGAGUACGUGGCUGUCUUCUCGCUGACGGCCAAGGACCCUGUGAAGGAGAGGCGCGCCCACGCCCGCCAGUGCCUCGUCAAGAACAUCACUCUGCGCCGGGAGUACCUGAAGCAGCACGCCACCGUUGGAGACAAGCUACUGUCCCUACUGCCGGAGUACAUGGUACCCUACACAAUCCACCUACUGGCGCACGACCCAGACUUCACCAAAGUGCAGGACGUGGAGCAACUCAAGGACAUCAGGGAGUGUCUGUGGUUCAUCCUGGAGGUUCUCAUGACCAAGGAUGAGAACAACAGCCACGCUUACAUUCGAAAGAUGGUGGAGAACAUCAAGCAGGCCAAGGAUGCGCAGGGUCCAGACGAUCCCAAGAUGAAUGAGAAAAUGUACACCGUGUGCGACAUAGCACUGCACAUCAUCACCAACAAGAGCACAACUUACAGCCUGGAGUCUCCCAAGAAUCCUGUGCUUCCCACAAAGUUCUUCACGCAACCAGAUAAGAAUUUUAACAAUACCAAGUGUUACCUGCCCGAAGAAGUCAAAGCAUUGUUUUCUCCAGGAAAGGCCAAAGCACCAACGGUACUGGGCACGGUAAACAAACCACUGGCGACUGCCGGCAAGCAGGCGCAGACCAAGUCAUCGCGUAUGGAGACCAUGAGUAACGACAGCAGCAACUCGGCGCCCAGCUCUCCCGGCCGGGGCAAGCCCAGGACGCGCAUGGGGUCAGAGAGCUCGGAAAUUGAUCACAGCGAGAAUGACGACAGCAUAGCAGGAAAGCCAUCUGGCCCGGCCACCAAGAAGCCGGAGCGGAGGAAGGACGAAGCGGAGGUCGCAAAGGCUGAGGCUGAGAAGGUCAAGGGUCGCAAGAAGUCGGUGCAGCCAGAGGUGGCUGGAGGAAGCGGCAGCAGCAGCGGGGACACAUCUGUUGUACGGGACGAGAGCCAAGUGGAUUCGGACGCCUCUUCACCGGCGCUGCAACAAACGAAGCAGAACCGCCGGGGAAAGAAACGCGGAGAGGAUGACGAAGACGAGUCCCAACAGGGGGCUUCAGCAGCUGGGAAGAAAGCAGCCCGUGGCCGAGGAGGAAGGACGGCAGCCGCUGCAACCGCUGCAACGGCAACACCGCCAACAGAGGAGACGGCUAAGCCAGGAAAGAGAGGCCGUAAGAAGGCAGCCAAUGGUUCGGAUGCUGACUCAUCACCGGCGCCUCCCAAGGGGAACAAGAGAAGCAAAGCCAUGAAAAAGGACGAGGAAGAUGAAGCCGAUUCCCAUGAAUCUGCCGAGGAGGCUUCGAACACAAAGCGCCGUAACGUCUCCAAAAAGAUAACCAAAAACACCCCAUCUGACAAAGAACAGCUUGUGCUGGGCAGUGAAGGCGAAUCGAUGCAGGAGUCUCAGAGCAGUUCCCUUGAGACCAACGACGUGGAGAAAUCAUCGCACACCGAGGAUACAUCCGUGGAGCCAGAGGCCAUGGAGGCCGAGGAUGAUGAGGAUGCUGACGAGGAAGCCACAGAGACUCUAAAGGUGAAACGCAAGCCAAGCAACAAACGGAGCCGCAGAUAGAUGCCAUCGCCUUCAUGGGGUUUACAUAUUUUAUUUUGAACAGCCCACGCUGUUGAUUCAAAAAUCAUCACUUGAACCCUUUUUCUGUCCAAUCUGUGACAACCACACCCUGCAUUUAAGACCUGCCCAGCCAGGAAGUAUUCCUAUAUCUCUAUUGGCAAUGCAUCAACCCCAUUCAUGGCUUUAUGAUUGCCAACAUAUUUUAACUUACUCUUUUCGGUGGAUGUCUGUAAAUAGUUGGAACCCAGAUAAAAUUUGACUUAUUGAUUAUUAUGAACUUGAUAGGAAAUGUUAUCCACCUCCACGCUACUCCCCAGCAAACUUAUUUGCUCUGUUUCAAUGAAGACUUGACCACAUUGCCCUUGGUGUAGAAGCACUGUGUUGUAGAUCACUAGUCAUUGCUUUAUAAAAAAAAUAAAAAUAAAACAAAAACUGUGGAGGCUGUGUAGGAAGUUGUGCUAAUAAAGCUUUUAAUGAAGUCUGCUUUAAUGUGUUUGCGACAGCCACUGUCUUAAACGUUAAUUCAGAUCACCAGUACGUAAAAAAACAUUUUGGGAUCAAGAGCUGGUCAAGCAACUGGUUAAUUGCUUGGGAUUUGUUUGGCUUGUAAACAUUUACAAAAUGUUGCCUGUUGGGAGUUUUAUCUGUAGCUGUCGCUUCCUUGUAAUAAAAUAAAAUCUUUGUUACAUA